AAAGUAAUAUACUAGAUAUCUGAAAAUGGUUACGUUAGACCAUUGACAACACUUUGAAAAUUGACACAAACCUGAAAUUCGCCAGUGCUUCAGUUUUCCUUAAAGCAGGAUUUUUUCUUCAUUUUUGAACAGGGGCACCUUAAACCUAGGAUUAAACAAGAAAACCAGUUCUUAUAUCUUAGACAAUUGAAUCACUCCCUGCACUUUUUAGCAUAGCUGUUAAGAUUAUAGUUACAAUUAUACACUAGUAUUGAUUGUUUUAUCAGAAUCUUUUCAUGCCUAUGCUUUCUACCCACGAUAGUUUUUUAUUCCCCCCUUAAAAUCAGGCUUUCCCUUCCUAAUUUGUGGGAACCACAAAACUUCAGGUUGUCUAUAAAUCAACCGUUCUUUCCCUUACUAAAAUCAUAAAAUUUUACUCUUAACUUUCUUACCAAUCCUGAGAAAUUAGAGAGACAAAUGGAAGGUUCAUCUAUACGCUUUCAUGGACUGGCAAUCCUGCUCAUUAUCCUUCAAUUCUCUACAUACAUAGCCUUAAGCUUAACUUAUCCACCAUUUCGCAACCAAAGAAACAUUGAAUACAUCAAGACUUCAUGCAGCACCACAGCUUAUCCCAGAUUGUGCUACCGCUCCCUCUCAAUCUAUGCAAGCAAAAUAAACACCAGCCCCCGAUUGUUAAUCCAUACUGCCCUCAAUGUAACCCUCAAAGCCAGCAAAUCAACUUCAAGGUUGAUGAUAAAGAUCUCAAGAAUCCAUGGUUUGAGGCCUAGGGUAGCUGCAGCCAUGGCAGAUUGCAUUGAGGUAAUUGGUGAUUCUGUUGAUGAGCUGCAACAGUCUAUAGGGGAACUUGGUCACAUUAGUCGCUCAAAUUUUUCCCUCACAAUGAGUGAUGUUCAAACCUGGGUUAGCGCAGCGCUGACAGAUGAAGAUACUUGCAUGGAAGGAUUUGCAGGCAAUGCCACGAAUGGAUAUGCAAAGACUAUGGUCAGAAAACGUAUUGUUAGAAUUGCACAUUUGACAAGCAAUGCCCUGGCUCUCAUCAGCAACUAUGCGUCAACUCAAAGUAACUUACCUUAAUGAAGCCGUAGUUUUCUUUCUCCUUAUUUGGAUUUCUUAUAGUAACAGAGUGAAGAUAAGUACAUGUUAUGUACAUGAUUUAUCUUAGGCUGCUUUAGAAUUAUGCACCUGUAAUGAUGCUUCAUGUUCAAUUUACUAUGGGAGUUGUAUGCUUUCCAAGCGGGGCAAUGAGCAAAAAUUUGUCCCAAAGUGAAUUUUGAGGAUAAAGCUGGUAGAGUUGUAAGAUAGAAGGAGAUUGCAGAUCGUGUUGUGAACAGUAUUUAUUUGUUUCUUGAUUUCUGUAGUUUGUAUCAAAGGAAUAUGAAAUUUUUAGAGUGUGGACUGCUGCGGAAAUGUACUAUAAUCUCAAAUUGUAAAUCAAGGUUUGCUUUCAAUCUCCUUUCCCACCUCAAAAUUUUCAA